AUAGGUAAAACACAACACUCCUUUUUCUUUUUUCUUCCUUCUUCUUCUUCUUCUCCUCCAAGUUUUCAGUUCUGAUCGUUCUUUCCUUUGGACGCCACUGCUCAUGGCGGAGCAGAGUUUCGUCAAACUCUUAGACACUAUCUUCCUUGACGAUUCCACCAGCACCGCCAAUACCAAGAAACCUUUCUCUUCCUCCGAUCUCCUCCACCUUCUUCGCUCCGAUGAUGAUUCUUCGAUCAAACUCGGCCUUCGUCAAUUCUAUUCCAUUCUCAACGCCGGUCUUCGGGACCUCGGUGACGGAAACCUUGCUUUUCAGUCAUGGACCGAUCCUCAGAUCCAAGCUGUGUGUUCAAUUGCUCAUGCAAUUGCUUCUGCUUCUCGAUCCCUGACUGUGGAUCAAGCUGAAGCUAUAGUUGUUGCGGUUAUUAAAAAAUCACUCGAGUUGGUUCUCUGUUACUUGGAGAAAUCAGAGUUUAAGUGCGAUGACUUUAGUAUUCAGAGUAAUAUGUUAAUGAUUCUGGAGACAAUUUUGGUUGAUGGUAUGGAUAAAGUAACGGACUGUGCACAGCUUUGUGCCAAGAAAGCUCUUAUAGACUUGUUAAAAUCUACUGGUGGCGACUGUGAUGCUACUAUUGAGUUCGAGAAUGCCAUUGAAUGUGGUUUUGCAGGAGUUUGUUGCUCCAGAGAAGAAAAACAGGUAGGUAGGCUUUUAAUGACAGUAGCUGCUGAAUGUGUGCAAGCUGAUCAGCUGACCUCUGAAUCUGGAUUCAGUGAGCCGACAUUCCUUGAAGAUAUGAACAAACUGAUUUUCCUUUUCCAACAUUGGGCAGUCACGCAUUUGGCAUGCAUUCAACGUUUGAUUUUGAUCUGCAAAGAAUUGGUGGUACUCCCAGAUGCACUUGAUGAGAAGACAGGAAGUACAAGUUUUCGGAAAAGACUGUCAUGUAGCUUGAGGAUAUUAAAGCUUCUUACCGAUCUCUCAAAGAAAUUUCCAUAUAUUGAAUAUGAUGCUAAACUGAUGCAGGCAUUUGCAUUGUUUGCCAACUCAUUGCCUUGCUUGUUUGGACUAUGUUUUGAGUUUGCAAAUAGUCAUGCUAUUGUCGAGGGUAGUCUGGAGAACACCAUUUUGUUACUCCUGGAAGAAUUUUUGGAGCUAGUUCAGGUUGUGUUCCGCAACAGCUAUGUUUGUGUGAACAUCCAAACAUGUAUAGUGGCUUCCAUAUUGGAUAAUUUGAGUUCUUCAGUUUGGCGGUAUGAUGCAUCUGCUGCAAACCUGAAGCCUCCCCUGGUUUACUUUCCUCGAAGUGUUAUGGUUAUAAUUAAACUCAUUCAAGAUCUUAAGGGGCAUAAAUAUCAUGCUUUCAGUUUUAAAGAUCUCGAAAUGCAUCACACAAGCACUCUUGCUGAUUUAUCAGUGGACAUACCUAAAUGCUAUGCUCGUUCAGAGAUUGUUCCUUUGCAUAAGAAUUAUACAGUAGAUGAAAUUUUGAGAAUGAUAUUUCCUCUGUCAAAACAAUGGAUGGAUGAUUUGAUGCAUCUCCUCUUCUUUCUUUAUUCUGAGGGAGUGAGAUUAAGACCAAAAAUAGAGCGAUCAUUAUCCAGUAUGAAGAGCAGUAGUACGGUUGAACAAGAAACUGCUGUCUGUCAUGAAGAUGAAGCACUAUUCGGGGACCUCUUCUCUGAGAGUGGCCGCUCUGUUGGAUCUGUAGAUGGAUAUGAUUUGCAGCAUCUUGCUGUCAACUCUACCUCUAGCCUUUGCAAUCUGCUUCUCCAAGCUACUAAAGAACUAUUGAGCUUUAUCAAGCUAUGUAUCUUCUCUCCUGAAUGGAAUGCAUCUGUUUUUGAUGAUGGUUGCAACAAACUUAAUCAGAACCAUGUUGAUAUAUUACUUUCCUUACUAAACUGUGAGGGAUGCUGUUCUGAUGACAAGUCUUCUUCUAGUUGUCUACCUGCACACGAUGAGAGGAAAUCUGGGCACAUCCAUGAAAUUUGUUACAGGUUGUUGCAUGGUCUUCUCACAAGCCAUGCAUUGCCAGAUUCGCUUGAAGAGUACCUUGUGAAGAAAAUUUUGAAUGCUGAAAAUGGAAACUUUGUUUACAAUGAUCAGACUCUAAGCUUACUGGCGCACACCCUUUUCCGUAGAACUGGUGUUGCUGGGACACAGUUGAGGACCCAAAUAUACAGGCAAUUUGUGGAAUUUAUCAUUGUGAAGUCCAAAACUAUUUCCUUAAAAUAUUCCAGCCUCCAGGAAUUUAUGGGGACUCUUCCCUCUGUCUUUCAUAUUGAAAUUCUUCUGGUGGCAUUUCACUUAUCUUCUGAAGGAGAAAAGAGAGAAAUUUCAUGCUUAAUUUUUUCUUCCAUUAGGGCGAUUGAUGCUCCAUCCUCGUUUUCUAAAUGUACAGAGUUGUCAAUGUGGGGUUUACUGGUUUCAAGGUUGAUUAUAGUACUUCGACACAUUAUUUUUCACCCUCAUACAUGUUCCUCUUCGUUGCUUUUUGAUUUUCGAUCUAAGUUGAGGGAUGCACCUGCUUUUUCUUCUAGUUUGCCUUACACAGUGAAUGAUCAUUUAUCAUCUUGGGGAGCAAGUAUUGCUAAGAAUAUAAUUGGUUCAUCCGUGGAAUCCCAGCCCUUCUUUAAUAGCUUGAUCAACCAGUUGAUUGAUAUUUCUUCAUUUCCUGCUUCACUACGCCAGCAUGAUUCGACAAUAGAAUGUCCGUGGUUCAAUCCCAGUGAUAUUUUUUCGACAUUCUCAUGGAUUUUGGGGUUCUGGAAUGGUAAACAAGCUGUUGCGGUUGAAGACCUCAUCAUUGAAAGAUAUAUUUUUGUUCUCUGCUGGGAUUUUCCUUCCAUGAAUGUUUUAUCACAUGGAGGCACAUUAUGGAGCGAUCUGGACACACUGGACAUUUCUGAUACAACAUGCUUCUUUUACUUCAGUUAUUUACUUCUAGAUCAUGGUGAUGUUAUUGGCGAGCGCAUGAAGUUUCCUCAAGUUGUGAUUGAUUUGCUUCGGCGUUUGCAUGGUGGGAGUACCCUAGAGGACUUCAAAGCUUUGGGUUGGAAUUUUUUAAGAAAUGGAGCAUGGCUAUCUCUGGUUCUUUCCUUCCUCAGUGUUGGAAUAUGGAGAUACUGCAAUAAGAAUACGAUUCCUACAGUGGGUUCUCUCUGGACAGAUACCACAGUUACAGAUAAUGAGCUGGCCAAUUUUGCUGAAAGCUUAAUUUCCUCAGUGAUUACCAAUAGCCAAGUUUCAAUUUUAAUCGGGGAGUUGUCAUUUGUAUUGAGCAUGUAUUUACAAGUUUAUCAGAAAGCUUUUGUUGCUACUCUUAGCAGUAGCAAUGAUCAUGCGACUGAGUUUUCCCCUCUCUUGCUCUUUAAACAUUCUGAAUUUGAUAGAUGUAUUCAGAACAAGACCCUUGAAAACUAUGGGACAACAUCUUGCUUAUUGGAAUCUGUUUUUAACCUCAUGUCUAGGUUGGAUGAAAUAGUAGACAAAAAAACACUUGGGUUCUUAUCAAGGGUCUGUUGGGAAUCGAUGUUUCAUGGCUUUCCCUCUCAUUUGGAAACUUCCAGUGGAAUUCUACUUUCUUGUGUCCUUAGCAUAGGAAGGAUCAUUUCUGUUUUAGCUGGGCUGCUGAGGAUAGUAGAUGUUAAACCUAAUAUCAUUUUGGAAACUGAGGUAACUCGUGGGAUUCUUGAUGCAGUAAUGACUAUAAAAUUUGACAAGACCUUUGAAAGCGUUCAUGGCCUAUGUGAAGGUAUAUAUCAGAGUUUGAAUGCAGAAUUGGAUGGAUGUUCUUAUGGGGUUCUGUUUCUGUUGAAACAGCUCGAGGGGUACUUAAGACACAUUAAUACGAGGGGGGUGAGUGAUAGCACUAUUCAUGAAUUGGUAAUUGUAAAGGCUACAGAUAUCAUGGACAGCCUCCGGAAAGAUGUUUCGAAGUCUUCUGUUUUCCAAUUCUACCUUGGUGCUGAAGUUGUACCGGAGCAGGUUAGAGAGCUUUAUGCAUUUCAACAUGGUAAUUUGUUGGUUCUUCUAGACUCCUUAGACAAUUGUUGCUCCGAAAUAGUUAACUUGAAGGUUCUUGGUUUCUUUGGGGAACUCUUGUCUGGAGAGCCAUGCUCUAAACUUAAACAGGAAGUACAGAAUAAAUUCCUUAGUAUGGAUUUGCUUAGCCUAUCAAAAUGGUUGGAGAAGAGGAUUUUUGGCUUAGUGGCUGAAGAUUCAAGCGGAGUCAAUGUGAAAGGAUCUUCUACUUCUCUGAGAGAAUCAUCCAUGAAUUUUGUAUUUUGUCUCAUAUCAUCACCCACAGAACCACUGGCACUUCAAUUGCAGAGUCACAUUUUUGAGGCUGCACUAGUAUCACUUGACAUGGCAUUUUUGCGAUUUGAUAUCAGUGUUUCCAAGUCCUAUUUCCAUUUUGUUGUUCAGCUAUUGAAAGGGGAGAAAUCAAUGAAAUUACUUUUGGAGAGGAUUCUCAUAUUGAUGGAGAAAUUGGUUAGUGAUGAGCGCCUGCUUCCAGGGCUGAAGUACCUCUUCAUUUUUCUCGAAAUGAUUUUGAUUGAGAGUGGAUCUGGUAAGAAUGUUUUUGAGAGACCCACUGGCAAACCCCUAUCGAGGUAUGCACCUGAAGUUGGACCUCUUUCUUCUAAGUCGGUGGGGCCUAGGAAGAGUUCAGAGACAUUGGUUUUUUCUUCCAGUCAAGAAGAGGGUCCUGCAUCUUUUGAAUGCGAUGCAACUUCUGCUGAGGAAGAUGAGGAUGAUGGAACUUCUGAUGGUGAGGUAGCUAGUCUAGACAAGGAUGAGGAGGAGGACACAAACAGUGAAAGGGCACUUGCUUCAAAAGUUUGUACAUUUACAUCCAGUGGCAGCAAUUUCAUGGAACAACAUUGGUACUUUUGUUAUACAUGUGAUCUGACUGUCUCGAAGGGAUGUUGUUCUGUGUGUGCAAAGGUCUGCCAUCGUGGUCAUCGUGUUGUUUAUUCCCGGUCUAGUCGCUUCUUUUGUGACUGCGGUGCUGGGGGUGUUAGGGGCAGCAGUUGCCAAUGUUUGAAGCCUCGCAAGUUUACUGGACAUGGAAGUGCCCCUGUACGUGGUGCCAGUAACUUUCAGUGCUUUUUGCCUUUCUCUGAGGAGGGAGAUCAACUUCCUGAAAGUGAAUCUGAUCUGGAAGACGAUGUGUCAGUUACAGACACAGACAAGUGUCUCAGACCCUCUGUUCCUAGGGAGCUUCUAGAUGGUAUUUCUGUUUUACUUGAAGAACUGGAUGUCGAAGGAAGUAUGCUCGAGCUUUGUUCGCGUUUAUUGCCUACUAUAACUAACCAGAGGGACCCAGACCUUUCGAAAGACAAGAAAAUUAUUCUGGGUAAAGAUAAGGUACUAUCAUAUGGGCUUGAUCUCUUGCAAUUGAAAAAGGCAUAUAAAGGUGGGUCUUUGGACCUUAAGAUUAAGGCAGAAUAUGCAAAUGCCAAGGAGCUCAAAUCACAUCUAGCCAGUGGAUCUCUUGUGAAAUCUUUGCUCAGUGUCAGCAUCAGAGGUCGUCUUGCUGUUGGUGAAGGUGAUAAAGUGUCUAUUUUUGAUGUCAGGCAGUUAAUAGAACAGGCCACAGUUGCACCCAUGACGGCAGACAAGACUAAUGUUAAGCCACUCUCAAAAAAUGUUGUUCGUUUUGAAAUUGUACAUCUUGCUUUUAAUCCCACAGUAGAGAACUAUCUUGCUGUGGCAGGCUAUGAAGAUUGCCAAGUCUUGACUUUGAACCACCGUGGUGAAGUUGUUGACCGUCUUGCUAUUGAACUAGCUCUGCAAGGUGCUCAUAUUAGAAGAAUGGAAUGGGUUCCAGGAUCUCAAGUCCAAUUAAUGGUCGUUACAAACAAGUUUGUGAAAAUAUAUGAUCUAUCCCUCGAUAAUAUCAGUCCAAUGCACUACUUCACGUUGCCAGAUGACAUGGUAGUUGAUGCUACACUGUUCACAGCUUCACAGGGAAGGAUGUUUCUAAUUGUUCUUUCAGAAAAUGGUAGGAUAUUCAGACUUGAGUUGUCAGUGCUGGGAAAUGUUGGAGCUACACCCUUGAAGGAGAUCAUUCACAUUCAGGGCAGAGAAAUGAGUGCAAAGGGAUUGUCAUUGUACUUCUCUUCAUGUUACAAAUUAUUAUUUCUUGCAUAUGCUGAUGGCACCACAUUGGUUGGCCAGUUAAGCCCUGAUGCAACAAAAUUGACUGGGAUAUCGGUUAUAUAUGAGGAGGAACAAGACAGAAAACUCCGGCCUGCUGGAUUACACCGUUGGAAGGAGCUGUUUGCUGGCAGUGGCUUAUUUGUUUGCUUUUCAAGUGUCAAAUCGAAUUCGGCUUUGGUUGUAUCUAUGGGGGCUCAUGAGAUAUAUGCUCAAAACUUGAAACAUGCGGGGGGUUCAUCUUUGCCAUUAGUUGGCAUAACUGCAUAUAAGCCUUUAUCCAAAGAUAAAAUACAUUGUUUUGUACUACAUGAUGAUGGUAGCCUUCAAAUAUACACACACACUGCUGUUGGAGUGGAUGCUAGCGCAAAUGCUACUGCAGAAAAAAUCAAGAAGUUGGGUUCUGGCAUUCUCAAUAACAAGGUUUAUGCCAGUACAAAUCCAGAAUUCCCGCUUGAUUUUUUUGAGAAGACUGUUUGCAUCACUGCAGAUGUGAGAUUGGGAGGUGACGCCAUUCGAAAUGGUGAUUCUGAAGGAGCCAAACAGAGUCUGGCAUCCGAGGAUGGUUUUCUUGAGAGUCCCAGUUCUUCAGGUUUCAAGAUCACCGUCUCUAACUCCAACCCUGAUAUUGUUAUGGUUGGAUUCCGCAUCCAUGUUGGUAAUACGUCUGCGAACCAUAUACCUUCAGAGAUAACUAUUUUCCAGAGAGUCAUAAAAUUAGAUGAGGGCAUGCGAUCAUGGUACGAUAUACCAUUUACUGUUGCUGAAUCUCUUCUUGCUGAUGAAGAAUUCUCUGUAACUGUUGGGCCAGCAUUCAAUGGUACUGCACUUCCUAGGAUAGACUCUCUUGAAGUGUAUGGUCGAGCAAAAGAUGAAUUUGGUUGGAAAGAAAAAUUGGAUGCUGUUCUGGACAUGGAGGCACGUGCACUUGGUUCCAAUUCCUUGCUUGCCAGAUCUGGAAAAAAGAGGCGAUCCAUUCAAUGUGCUCCUAUUCAACAGCAGGUGUUAGCAGAUGGUCUGAAGGUCUUGUCCAGUUAUUAUUUGCUCCGUAGAUCACAAGGAUGCCCAAAACUUGAUGAUGCGAAUCAGGAGCUGACUAAACUGAAGUGCAAGCAGUUAUUAGAAACAAUAUAUGAAAGUGAUCGAGAGCCUUUGUUGCAGUCUGCUGCGUGUCGCGUCCUGCAAGCUAUCUUCCCUAAAAAAGAGACAUACUACCAAGUGAAGGACACCAUGCGUCUGACUGGUGUUGUGAAAUCAACAUCAGUGCUUUCCUCUAGGCUUGGAGUUGGAGGUGCUGCAGGAGGAUGGAUUAUUGAAGAAUUUACAUCACAAAUGCGUGCAGUUUCUAAGAUUGCCCUGCAUCGUAGAUCUAAUUUGGCUUGUUUUCUGGAAAGAAAUGGUUCUCAAGUGGUGGAUGGACUCAUGCAAAUUUUAUGGGGAAUUUUGGACUUGGAGCAGCCCAACACUCAGAUUUUGAACAACAUUGUUAUUUCCUCUGUUGAACUUAUUUAUUGCUAUGCUGAGUGCCUGGCAUUGCAUGGCCCAGACACUGGCAGGCACUCUGUUGCACCUGCUGUUGUGUUAUUUAAGAAACUUCUAUUUUCCUCCAGUGAGGCUGUUCAGGCUUCAAGCAGUUUGGCUAUAUCUUCGAGGUUGCUUCAGGUUCCAUUUCCAAAGCAAACAAUGUUAGCUACUGAUGAUGGUGCUGAUAUUCCAUUAUCUGCACCUGUAACCACUGAAACAACCGGUACCAAUCCCCAAGUUAUGAUUGAGGAAGACGCUGUCGCUUCUUCUGUUCAAUAUUGCUGUGAUGGUUGCUCCAAAGUUCCUAUACUGAGGCGGCGAUGGCAUUGUACGGUUUGCCCUGAUUUUGAUUUGUGCGAGUCGUGUUAUGAGGUACUUGAUGCCGAUAGGCUUCCUUCCCCUCAUUCUAGAGAUCAUCCUAUGACUGCCAUCCCAAUUGAAGUGGAGUCGGUAGGAGAUGGAAAUGAAUAUCACUUUGCCACAGAAGAUAUCAAUGAUUCAAGCUUAACAUCAUCAGUAAGAGCAGAUAUUAGCGUGAAGAAUCCUGUGUCAUCAAUUCAUGUCUUGGAGCCAGCUGAUUCCGGGGAUUUUUCUGCCUCAGUGACUGAUCCAGUUUCAAUAUCAGCUUCUAAACAAACUGUUAAUUCCCUGCUUCUCUCUGAGCUCCUUGAACAGUUGAAAGGAUGGAUGGAGACAACUUCAGGUGUUCAGGCUGUUCCUGUUAUGCAGCUUUUCUACAGAUUAUCGUCCACAAUGGGCGGACCUUUUAUGAACAGUUUGAAAUCUGAAAACUUGAACUUGGAAAGACUAAUUAAAUGGUUUUUGGAUGAAAUUGAUCUCAACAAACCCUUUGAAGCAAAAGCCCGUACAUCGUUUGGGGAAAUUGCAAUCCUUGUUUUCAUGUUCUUCACUUUGAUGCUAAGAAACUGGCACCAACCUGGUAGUGAUGGUCCAGGUGCCAAACCUAGUACUGCCGCAGAUACGCAUGACAAGAGUUCAACCCAGGUUGCACCAUCUACUUCAGUGACUGCACAAUCUUCCGUGGAUGAUCAAGGAAAAAAUGACUUUACUUCACAACUACUUCGUGCUUGUAGCUCUAUUAGGCAACAAUCUUUUGUAAAUUAUCUUAUGGACGUGCUGCAGCAGCUAGUGCAUGUCUUCAAGUCAUCCACAAUUGAUUAUGACAGUGGACAUGGUUUUAAUAACGGUUCUGGAUGUGGAGCUCUGCUAACAGUUCGUAAGGAUCUCCCUGCUGGCAAUUUCUCUCCAUUUUUUUCAGAUUCUUAUGCAAAAGCACACAGGACAGAUCUUUUUAUAGACUAUCACAGGCUCUUGUUAGAAAAUGCUUUUCGUCUUGUAUAUACCUUGGUUCGACCAGAAAAAUAUGACAAGACAUUGGAGAAGGAAAAGGUUUAUAAGAUUUAUAGCAGCAAGGAUUUGAAGUUGGAUGCCUAUCAAGAUGUUCUUUGCAGUUAUAUUAACAAUCCCAACACUAGCUUUGUUAGAAGAUAUUCGAGAAGGCUUUUCCUCCACAUUUGUGGCAGCAAAAGUCACUAUUACAGUAUUCGAGACUCUUGGCAGUUUUCGACUGAAGUAAAGAAACUUUUCAAAUACAUAAACAAGGUUGGUGGCUUUCAAAAUCCUAUGUCAUACGAGAGAAGUGUAAAGAUAGUGAAAUGCCUAACAACUUUGGCGGAAGUUGCUGCUUCAAGGCCUCGAAAUUGGCAGAAAUAUUGUUUACGACAUGGGGAUGUACUGCCAUUUUUGCUGAAUGGAAUUUUCUACAUUGGAGAAGAGUCUGUUAUUCAGACUCUCAAACUUUUGAAUCUCGCCUUCUAUACUGGAAAGGAUACUGGCUAUUCUAUACAAAAGUCUGAAGCAGGAGAUAGUGGGACAAGCACAAAUAAAUCUGGUACACAACCUGUGGAUUCAAGAAAGAAAAGAAAAGGUGAAGAUGGAAAUGAUUCUGCGUUGGAGAAGUCCUAUUUGGAUAUGGAGACCAUGGUGAAUAUCUUUAUUGAUAAGGGUAGUAACGUCUUGAGCCAUUUCAUUGACUGCUUUCUUCUUGAGUGGAAUUCAAGCUCUGUCCGGGCAGAGGCCAAAGGUGUUGUCUAUGGUAUUUGGCAUCAUGGAAAGCAGACUUUUAAAGAAACUCUAUUGAUGGCUCUCUUGCAAAAGGUUAGAACUCUUCCUAUGUAUGGUCUGAACAUUGCUGAAUAUACAGAACUGGUCACAUGGUUGCUGGGAAAGGUUCCUGAUGUUGGUUCUAAGCAGCAGAGCUCUGAACUUCUGGACCGAUGCUUGACCUCUGAUGUAAUUCGAUCAAUUUAUCAAACACUUCACUCACAAAAUGAGCUGUUAGCUAAUCAUCCAAAUUCACGCAUAUACAAUACCUUAAGUGGUUUAGUUGAAUUUGAUGGUUACUAUCUAGAGAGUGAACCUUGUGCGGCUUGCAGUUCUCCUGAGGUGCCUUACAGCAGGAUGAAACUUGAGAGUCUUAAAUCUGAAACAAAAUUCACUGACAACCGCAUCAUUGUCAAAUGUACAGGGAGUUACACAAUUCAAACUGUUAUAAUGAAUGUUCAUGAUGCUCGGAAGUCAAAAUCUGUGAAAGUUUUAAACCUGUACUACAAUAAUCGGCCUGUGGCAGACUUAUCGGAGUUGAAAAAUAAUUGGUCUUUGUGGAAGCGUGCUAAAAGUUGUCAUCUUGCAUUCAAUCAGACUGAACUAAAAGUAGAGUUUCCCAUUCCAAUCACUGCAUGUAAUUUCAUGAUUGAGCUGGAUUCCUUCUAUGAAAAUCUUCAAGCUUUGUCCCUCGAACCUUUGCAAUGCCCUCGAUGUAGUCGUCCAGUCACUGAUAAACAUGGAAUAUGCAGCAACUGCCAUGAAAAUGCAUAUCAAUGUAGGCAAUGCCGGAACAUAAAUUAUGAGAACCUUGACUCAUUUUUAUGCAAUGAGUGUGGAUACAGCAAGUAUGGAAGAUUUGAAUUUAAUUUUAUGGCAAAGCCAAGCUUUACGUUUGAUAAUAUGGAGAAUGACGAAGAUAUGAAGAGAGGUCUUGCUGCAAUAGAAUCUGAAUCAGAAAAUGCUCAUAGGAGAUAUCAACAACUCUUAGGCUACAAGAAACCCCUGCUAAAAAUUGUUUCAAGCAUUGGUGAGAAUGAAAUGGACUCGCAACAAAAGGAUUCUGUUCAGCAAAUGAUGGUCUCACUUCCAGGACCAUCGUGCAAGAUUAAUCGUAAAAUUGCUCUCCUUGGGGUUUUAUAUGGUGAAAAAUGCAAAGCAGCCUUUGAUUCUGUCAGUAAAAGUGUCCAGACGCUUCAAGGUCUUCGUCGGGUUUUAAUGACGUAUUUGCACCAGAAACAUACUGAUGAUGGGUUUCCGGCUUCAAGAUUUGUGAUUUCUAGAUCUCCUAAUAACUGCUAUGGUUGUGCGACUACAUUUGUCACUCAAUGUCUCGAGAUAUUGCAAGUGUUAUCAAGGCAUCAGAGUUCGAAGAAGCAACUUGUUAGCCUGGGUAUAUUAUCUGAGCUGUUUGAGAAUAACAUUCAUCAAGGGCCCAAAACCGCUCGAAUACAAGCUAGGGCAGUUCUUUGUUCUUUCUCCGAGGGUGAUGUACAUGCAGUGAGUGGGCUGAACAAUCUAAUCCAAAAGAAAGUCAUGUACUGCCUUGAACACCAUCGUUCUAUGGACAUCGCAUUGGCAACUCGAGAAGAGUUAUCACUGCUUUCAGAAGUUUGUUCUUUGGCUGAUGAGUUCUGGGAAGCUAGAUUGCGAGUUGUUUUCCAGCUGUUAUUUUCAUCCAUCAAGUCCGGUGCGAAACAUCCAGCAAUUGCUGAGCACAUUAUUCUUCCAUGUCUGAGGAUCAUAUCUCAAGCCUGUACUCCUCCUAAAUCUGACACUGUAGACAAGGAGCAGAGGAUGGGAAAAUUGACGUCUGUUUCACAAAAUAAGGAUGAAAACGCUACAAAUAUUUCUGGAUCUUUCAGUGGACCUGUUAGUGGGAAUAAGUCUGCACCUGAAUCACUUGAACAUAAUUGGGAUUCUUCUCAGAGGACUCAGGAUAUCCAAUUGCUGAGUUAUGCAGAGUGGGAAAAGGGAGCAUCAUAUCUUGACUUUGUUAGAAGGCAGUACAAGGUGUCUCAGGUGUUCAAAGGUACAGUUCAAAGAUCUCGAACACAUAAAGGCGAUUAUUUGUCCCUGAAGUAUGCGCUUAAGUGGAAGCGGUUUGUAUGUAGAAAUGCUAAAAGUGAUUUGUCAACUUUCGAGCUGGGGUCGUGGGUUACAGAACUUGUGCUAUGUGCCUGUUCCCAGUCUAUAAGAUCGGAGAUGUGUAUGCUGAUAAGUUUGCUUUGUGCUCAAAGUUCAUCAAGACGAUUUCGACUAUUGGAUUUACUGGUGUCUCUGUUGCCAGCAACUCUUUCUGCUGGCGAGAGUGCUGCUGAAUAUUUUGAAUUACUUUUCAAGAUGGUAGAUUCAGAAGAUGCGCGCUUGUUUUUGACUGUUAGAGGGUGUUUACGUACAAUUUGCCAAUUAAUUUCCCAAGAAGUGGGCAAUGUUGAGUCUCUGGAGAGAAGCCUCCAUAUUGAUAUUUCCCAGGGAUUUAUUCUUCACAAGCUCAUAGAGCUCCUUGGGAAAUUUCUAGAGAUCCCUAACAUUAGGUCAAGAUUCAUGCGGGAUAAUCUACUCUCAGAAGUUCUUGAAGCUCUCAUUGUGAUUCGUGGAUUGGUAGUACAGAAGACAAAACUGAUUAGCGAUUGUAAUCGGCUUUUGAAAGAUCUCUUGGACAGUCUUCUGCUGGAAAGCAAUGAGAACAAGAGGCAAUUUAUUCGAGCCUGCAUUUGUGGCUUGCAAAUCCAUGGGGAGGAAAGGAAAGGGCGGACUUGUUUGUUUAUUCUAGAGCAGCUCUGCAAUCUGAUCUCUCCCUCAAAACCAGAGCCAGUGUACCUCUUGGUUCUAAACAAGGCACAUACGCAAGAAGAAUUUAUUAGGGGAUCCAUGACAAAGAAUCCUUACUCCAGUGCCGAAAUUGGUCCAUUAAUGCGUGAUGUCAAAAAUAAAAUUUGUCACCAAUUGGAUUUACUUAGUUUUCUCGAAGAUGAUUAUGGCAUGGAGUUGCUAGUUGCUGGAAAUAUAAUUUCUCUUGAUUUGAGCAUAGCACUAGUCUAUGAGCAAGUGUGGAAGAAGUCUAACCAAUCUUCAAAUGCCAUAUCUAAUACUGCACUAAUGUCUACUACCGCUGCAAGAGACUCUCCUCCUAUGACAGUGACUUACCGGCUUCAGGGGCUGGAUGGUGAAGCUACGGAACCUAUGAUUAAGGAAUUGGAAGAGGACAGAGAGGAAUCGCAAGAUCCAGAACUGGAAUUUGCUAUAGCAGGUGCAGUUCGUGAGUAUGGAGGAUUGGAAAUUUUGUUGGGCAUGAUCCAGCGCAUAUGGGAUAAUUUCAAGUCAAACCAAGAGCAGUUGGUUGCAGUUCUCAAUCUUCUUAUGCACUGUUGCAAAAUAAGAGAGAACAGGCGUGCUUUAUUAAGGCUUGGAGCCCUCGGAUUACUUCUAGAAACAGCAAGGCGUGCCUUCUCUGUGGAUGCCAUGGAGUCAGCUGAAGGCAUUCUCUUGAUUGUGGAGAGUCUAACAAUUGAAGCAAAUGAAAGUGAAAGUAUCAGCAUUGGACAAAGUGCUCUUACAGUCACCAGUGAACAAAGUGGUACCGGUGAACAGGCCAAAAAAAUUGUCCUCAUGUUUCUGGAGAGAUUAUCUCAUCCUUUUGGUCUUAAAAAAUCAAACAAACAGCAGAGGAACACUGAAAUGGUUGCUAGAAUCUUGCCUUACUUGACCUAUGGUGAACCUGCUGCUAUGGAUGCACUCAUCCAACAUUUCACUCCAUAUCUGAAUGCUUGGGAUGAGUUUGACCGAUUACAGAAACAGCAUGAAGACAAUCCAGAGGAUAAGAGCAUCUCUGAGCAAGCUGCCAAGCAGAGGUUUACUGUGGAAAAUUUCGUUAGGGUCUCAGAGUCACUGAAGACAAGUUCCUGUGGGGAGAGACUGAAGGAUAUUAUUUUGGAAAAGGGCAUUACUGGCCUUGCAAUUAAGCAUCUGAGAGAUAGUUUUGCUGUUGCAGGACAGACCGGUUUCAGAUCCAGUGUGGAAUGGGCAUUUGCCUUGAAACGUCCUUCCAUUCCGCUUAUAUUGUCUAUGCUUAGGGGUUUGUCAAUGGGGCAUUUGGCUACCCAGAGAUGUAUUGAUGAAGGAAGGAUCUUACCUGUGCUUCAUGCUCUGGAAAGAGUUCCGGGAGAAAAUGAGAUUGGUGCAAGGGCCGAAAACUUGUUAGAUACCCUCUCUAACAAGGAGGGAAAUGGAGAUGGAUUCUUGGAGGAUAAAGUGCGAAUGUUAAGACAUGCCACAAGGGAUGAAAUGAGGCGACUUGCUUUGAAGAACAGAGAAGACAUGCUACAGGGACUUGGAAUGCGGCAGGUAGCUUCAGAUGGUGGCGAACGGAUCAUUGUCUCUAGACCAGCUCUUGAAGGUUUGGAAGAUGUAUUGGAAGAGGAAGAUGGGCUGGCAUGCAUGGUGUGCAGAGAGGGCUAUAGUUUGAGGCCUACUGACUUGCUGGGUGUCUACUCAUACAGCAAGAGGGUUAACCUUGGUGUUGGGACUUCAGGAAGUACUCGUGGGGAGUGUGUUUAUACAACCGUGAGUUAUUUCAAUAUUAUUCAUUAUCAGUGCCAUCAAGAGGCCAAAAGAACAGAUGCUGGUUUGAAAAUCCCAAAGAAAGAAUGGGAAGGAGCAACACUCAGGAACAACGAAUCCCUUUGCAAUUCCUUGUUCCCUGUGAGAGGUCCGUCUGUCCCAUUAGCACAGUAUAUCCGAUAUGUUGACCAGCAUUGGGACAAUCUAAAUGCUCUCGGUCGUGCUGAUGGAAACCGACUUCGGCUCUUGACGUAUGAUAUUGUUCUGAUGUUGGCUCGAUUUGCCACUGGAGCAUCAUUCAGCGCUGAAAGCAGGGGUGGUGGCAGAGAGAGCAAUUCCCGGUUCCUUCCUUUUAUGAUUCAAAUGGCUCGUCACCUCCUGGAUCAAGGGAGCCCAUCUCAACGUUCUACAAUGGCUAAAUCUGUUUCAACCUAUUUGUCCUCAUCCACUGUAGAUUCACGACCGUUCUCUCCAGGGUUGCAACCUUCAGCCGCAACUGAGGAAACUGUUCAGUUUAUGAUGGUAAACUCGCUUCUUUCGGAGUCUUAUGAAUCCUGGUUGCUGCAUCGCCGUGCAUUCCUACAGCGUGGGAUAUUCCAUGCAUACAUGCAGCACACUCAUAGCAGGUCGACCAGUCGUUCAUCAUCAAGUUCAACUUCUAAAGUGGAAUCAGGAAGUAAUAGCCCGAACAUGGAAGCAGAAGAAGCGAAUGAUUUAUUGACUACCAUUAGGCCAAUGCUCGUCUACACUGGCCUGAUUCAGCAACUGCAACAUUUCUUCAAGGUAAAGAAAUCGGCAAAUAUCGCAUCUUACACAAAAGAAGGAACAUCAACAUCUGCCGCCACCACAACCGCAACUGCAACCGGAGAGGAAAGCGAGAGCCAAAAUCUGGAAAGUUGGGAAGUGGUGAUGAAAGAGCGACUUAAUAACGUAAGGGAAAUGGUGGGAUUCUCAAAGGAGUUGCUAACAUGGCUGGAGGAAAUGAACUCUGCCACUGAUCUGCAGGAGGCGUUCGAUGUAAUCGGAGUUUUGGCUGAUGUAUUGUCCGGCGGAAUUAGCCGCUGUGAAGACUUUGUAAAUGCUGCAAUCAACAGUGGAAAAGGCUGACGAUACCCGACCAACAAGGGGGUGCUCUGGAGCUGAGCUUGAGCUUUUUUGUUACAUGACAGGGAAUAUGGUAUUAUUUUGAUCUUUAUAGCAUUGUGGACUUUUCCUUUGAAAUAUGAAUCUUCAUAUAUACAUUCAGCUCCCUGGUAAUCAAAUAUAUACCUAUUUUUUUACCCCCAAAUA